AUGACCAGAUUUGGUCUCCCGCUAGAGGUGGAAUCGGUGAUUCCUCAAUCGUAUCGUUCAAUAUCGAACACACACACCAAUUCGUCAUUAAAUGGGACCGAAUGCCCGCAAGAACAUGAGUAUUUCCCACAAUUCCAAUCGUUUUAUGACUCGUUAAACCAAACAACCAGGGCCAAUAAGGACCGUUGCAUGCAUAUAUGGGCCGAAAUGGAGUCUAAUAAUCGAUCUCAUACCGAGAAAAUCGUACAAGAAACCAAUCAAACAUUGAAGACAUUGACGGAAGAUUUCCAAUCAUUACUCUCAUCUCAAUCCACCAAUGUUAGCCAGAUCAUAGCAGAGGAAAAGGAGAGACGACGAAUACUAGAGGAGGCAAGAUUAAAGAAACUAGAAGAGGAGAGAAUACGGAGAGAAAAGGAGGAGGCCGAAAGGAAACGGAGAGAGAAGGAGGAAGAAGCAUUAAGAUUGAAGAAAAAGAAAGAAGAAGAAGAAUUACAAAGGAAAAAGAAAGAAGAAGAGGCUAAGAAGGCCGAAGAGGCUAAGAAGGAAGCUGCCAAAAAGGCCAAGGAAAAGCAAGAAAAGGAGAAGGAACGUAUUCGGAACGAAGAAGAGGCUGCGGCACGUGCCGGUGUUGGAUUGACCAAUUUCAUCAAAAUCGAAGAAUCGUUUUAUAAAUACAAACAGGACAUUGCUGAUAUCAAGCAGAAUGUUGUACUAGCGUUGAAGAAGGAGAAUGACCAGCAUAGGAAGGCCGUGGGGGCAUUGAAGAGGAAAAUCAACCCGAAAUUCGGACAACUUUCAAACAGUUUCACCCAAUUGGCACGUAUCACUGAAGAGGUCAAGCUGCAAAUACGUGACGCACAACAGAAUGCUAACGACUUGACAUACCAAUGGAUCUUAAACUUUGUGGCCAAGGCGAUUGUUUCCCAGGCCGAAACCGAGGUCACGGUCAAGGCAACGGCUGCCUUGCCAUUGGCCAGACUUGCAUUGAGCUUGCUUGAGCUGUUUGAACAAUUCGAGUACUAUUUAACCGCCAGGCUAGUCAAGAAGUGUCCCUUCAUCAUUGGAUAUAGUUGUAGCAUUGAAUCGGAAGAAGGUAGGACGAGAAUGGGGUGGCGUAGAAGAGACACCAAAUGGGAAGAUGAGGUCAAAUAUGAUGAAAGAGUUGCCGGGAUUUGUACUAUGUGGAGUGUUAUGAGUCGAUUGAAAGAUCAUUCGCCUGGAAAUGGACCGGGAAUCUUCAAUAUGAGAUCGUCAUGGCAAUUUGCUGCUCGUAUGGGGAAUACACCUGUUGAUCGACUCACUAACGCACAUUUUGUAUGUUUGGGCAAUUGGUGGGAAGCAUGUGCUGUUGAAUUGUACAAGGCAUAUGGAGGUAUGGGCCGCAAACUUCUUUUUGCCAUUGCAUUUGCACUCACCCAACUGGUUGUUGAUAAGAAAUAUGCUGGGGCAGCAAGACUUUUGAUUCUAGGUGAAGCACUUCAAAAGGGGGAAAUUGUACCGAUCAAGGAAAUGGAGAGGUAA